GUACUGCUGACGCCACCAUUUCAAUCUGACCUUUCAUUGCUGCCAUUGCUCCCUCCCAGAUUUUACUCAAAAAUGCUACUAUUUGCAACAUUUUUGUUUAACUUGCUGUGUGGUUUGGUUCCGUGUGAUCCCAAUUACAGUGAUCCUAUCGUGAGUUCGGUUCCUUAUAAGGAAAGUGAUCUUCUCAGGGAGGGAAGAACCUGUAAUGAGUCCGAGACCAGUGACCCCGUGGUCACACUUCCAAGCGGGGGCAGGCUGGAAGGCUAUGGCAUGAAAACGGUCAAGGGUCGGCCGAUCCUUGCGUUUGAAGGAAUUCGUUACGGUAGAGCGGAGCGAUGGAAGUCUCCAACACCUGCUGAAGAAUGGACAGGGACAUUGAAGGCAAAUAAAAGAGGAAGUGACUGCCUCCAACUAAGCCUUGCAAAAUAUGUACGUGUUUAUGGGAGUGAAGAUUGUCUUUUCGCCAAUGUGUUUUCCCCUCGGCUCCCUUGUAAUGAGAGUGGAAAUAAUCGGGGAUAUCCAGUCAUUAUAUAUCUCCACUCGGGGGCAUUUUUUAUGGGAUCCGGAUCAGAACACGGUCCUGCGUACCUGUUGGAGAGAAAUGUCGUACUGGUCACGGUCAACUAUAGAUUGGGAGUGUUAGGCUUCCUUUCAACUGGCGACCUUUCUCUGCCCGGAAAUUUCGGAUUGAAAGAUCAAGUCCUAGCGCUCGAAUGGGUGCAUAAAAAUAUUGCAGCGUUCGGUGGUGAUCCCGACAAUAUCAACUUGGUCGGAUAUUCCGCCGGUGGAAUUUCUAGUCAUCUGCACAUGAUUUCUAACCGGACACGACACCUCUUCAUACGAGUGGCGUCACUCGGUACGGGCAGCGCUUUGCAAUAUUGGGCAGUGCAGUCCAAAGAACGGGCCAGAUAUUAUGCUAAUCGGGUAGGAAGAAGGUUAGGCUGUCCUACAAACGAUAGCACGGAAUUGGUCCAAUGUCUCAAAAAAGUUCCGGUCAACACGUUGGUGGCAGACUCGCUGAAUUUAUUUGACUGGUUUCCAUUACCUCCAGUGUUAGUUGCCCCUGUAGUUGAACCCCCGCAUUCUGACGCUUUUCUCCUGGAAAGUCCUGAGGAUGCUUAUAAUCGGGGUCACGUAGCUAAAAAACCGUGGAUCACGGGGACAACUAGUCAUGAAGGGAUGACGGCAGUAUUGGUCCUGGAAAUUUUCCAACGCUGGUUACCAUUCCGGCUAAAUUGGAAAUUGACCAGUAAAUCGUAUCUGGAUUUGAACUAUUUGUCCACCGUGUUUGGACAAAGUGUUGAAGACGUUGACCAGAUUGUGGAGAAGGUUACAAAAUUUUAUUUUGGGAAUAAACCCGCAAUGCAAGGAAGUAAUUUUGAAUUUGCCAGCAUAAUUUCACAUCGAUUCUUUCAAUUUGGAGUGUUAAAAGGUCUCCAAGUACAUUCCGCCAUUGCUCCAAGUUACGCUUACUACUUUUCAUUUGACAAGGGAAACUACAACAUGGGAAAUAUGUAUGGACACAAAUCGUCAGAGUGGGGCCCCGGCCAUGCAGAAGAUGAAUAUUAUUACUUCAACACGUCCACACAACACCCGGGCUUCAGAGAGUCAGACCCUGAUUAUAAAAUGUCCCAAGUGAUGGUUAAUUUUCUAGUGAAUUUCGUCACGACGGGGUACUUUAUACUUGCAAAAUUGCAAAAUAUAUUGAAAACUAAUUUAUAUUAGGUAGGUAGGUUUAUUCAAGAUUGAUAAAGCGCAAGCUCUUACAAUCA